UCACUGCUUAUUAUUAUUAUUAUUAUUAUUAUUAUUUAUUUAUUUUUCUUUAAUCAAACUCAGCUCAAACCACCUCCGUCCGACUCUCCUUAUUCUUCGCCGGUGACCGCAAGAAUUUUCUAGAAAUCUACAUUUUAACAAAAACCCACUUGCAUUCCACCCAUUUCACACUCUUCUAUCAAUCUUUCAAGAAAAAGACUCGAUCUUUAAAGAAAAUAAUCACUCUUCUUUAAAAUCGUUAAAUAAUUUAAAUUUCACACUUUCUUUCUUUCGGAAAAAAAGAAUCGAAAAUUUUCAUUACUUAAAGAAAAGAAUCGAAAUUUGUUUAACAUUCGUUCUUUAAAGAAAAGAAUUGAAGAAGAUGGGUGUUGAUUACUACAAUAUACUGAAAGUGAACCGGAAAGCGGCUGAUGAUGAUCUCAAAAGGGCUUACAAGAGGCUAGCAAUGAAGUGGCAUCCUGAUAAGAACCCGCUUAACAAGAAAGAAGCAGAGGCCAAGUUUAAGCAGAUAUCUGAAGCAUAUGAUGUACUUAGUGACCCGCAAAAGCGUCAGAUCUAUGACCUUUAUGGAGAAGAGGGGCUUAAGAGUUUUGAAUUUGGUGGUGGUGAUGCGCCGCCACCGCCGCCACAGACGGCGGCGAAUGGGGGAUUCCGGUUUAAUCCGAGGGAUGCGGAAGACAUUUUUAAUGAGUUUUUUGGUGGAUCUGGCGGCGGCGGUGGGAGUGCGAAGAACGGGUUUCAUAAGAACGGGGAGAUGGGGAAUCAAGGGACUAAAAAGGCGGCGGCGAUUGAGAGUAAGUUGUUGUGUAGUCUGGAGGAGCUGUAUAAAGGAACUAGAAGAAAGAUGAGAAUUUCUCGUUCAGUUCCUGACGGUUUCGGGAAGCCAAAGACUGUAGAUGAAAUCUUGAAGAUAGAUAUAAAACCAGGGUGGAAGAAAGGCACAAAGAUUACAUUCCCAGAGAAAGGGAACCAAGAACCCGGUGUUGUUGCGGCUGAUCUUAUUUUCGUGGUGGAUGAGAAGCCUCACUCUGUCUUUAAGAGAGAUGGGAAUGAUCUAAUCGUUAAUCAGAAACUUUCAUUACUAGAGGCUCUUACAGGGAAGACUGUAGAUUUGACUACCUUGGAUGGAAGGUAUCUUUCAAUUCCAGUGACGGAUAUCAUAAAACCGGGGCAUGAGAUCGUAAUUCCAAAUGAAGGAAUGCCAAUCUCAAAAGAACCACACAAGAAAGGAAAACUUAGAAUCAAGUUUGAUGUGACAUUUCCAUCCAGACUCACUGCAGAACAGAAAUCUGAUCUCAAGAGGGUGCUGGGCGGCGUCGAUGCUUAAUGCGUGAGGUUGUGUUGCUGAUCAUCUAUCAAUGCUAAUUUAUUGAAUCUAAAGUGUAAAUACCUUACGUUCCCACUCUUCUUCUAGACCAAGUCUGUGCAUAGUAGUAGGAAGAAACUCAAGCAUUCUGAAGCACUAAUAUUAGUUAAUGUGGCAUUAUUAUCCUUGGCUAUUCUCAUAGCUGCCACAAGAUGACUCCUAAUUUAAAUUUUUAUACUAGUGAUCUAAUUUUUAGUGUUUUUUGCUUUGAAAAGAAGAAGAAGAAGAAGAAGAAGAAGAAGAAGAAGAAAAUUCUCUGUAUUAUGUAAUCAGAGAAUGAUGAUAUUCAAUGCAUUUGACUCGUUUCAUCUCAAA